GAGCGCCUGCUCCUGGGUGUGGCUCAGCAGGCUUCGGGGUCCUGAGUCUGCGUCUCCCUCGCUCAGCCCCCGGGCCCCACCUCCGCAGCGCCGCCGCCCGGCCCCUCCCCUCCUCUCCUCCCCAGGUGACGCUGGCCAAGAUGAGGGUGCACGUUGCCUCCUGCGUGAAGGUCCAGGAGCAGAUGGCCAACUGUCCCAAGUUCGUCCCUGUGGUGCCCACGUCCCAGCCCAUCCCCAGCGCCAUCCCCAACAGGUCCACCUUCGCCUGCCCUUACUGUGGUGCCCGCCACCUGGACCAGCAGGAGCUGGUGAAGCACUGCGUGGACAACCACCGCAGCGACCCCAACCGCGUGGUGUGUCCCAUCUGCUCAGCCAUGCCUUGGGGCGACCCAAGCUACAAGAGCGCCAACUUCCUGCAGCACCUGCUCCACCGGCACAAGUUCUCCUACGACACCUUCGUGGACUACAGCAUCGACGAGGAGGCCGCCUUCCAGGCCGCCCUGGCCCUGUCUCUCUCCGAGAACUGAAGGCGCGGCCACUGGCCCAGCCCUCCCGCCUCAAGGGACAGGCCCCGCCAGCUCCUUCGGCCCAGCCCCGCCUGGGAAGGCGCCUUGAGGGCCAGGUGGAGCCUCACUGCUGCAGGAGGAGAGACCACGUCCCUGGUCCCCCGUCGUCACCGGCGCUUCGGGCUGAGCAGGUGGCCUCGGGGGUGGGGGCUGGCCACUGGGACGGAGUGUGGCCACUGUCUGUGUCUCAAAGCCAUGAUGUCCUCCCUGCAGAGAGGACCCUUCAGGCCCUGCCGCGUCCACAGGCCCCAGCACUGAGCAGGGAAGCGCGGAGCGGGGCCCGGCCUAGCACCUGGCAACACUUCCCUCUCACGUGCUCGGUACUGGCUUUUGUGAUACCUAAAGGUUCCACACUUUUCUAUAUUAUCCGGUGUGAUGACCUUUUCACAUUUUCUAGAGCAAAGACAGAGCGGUUACCCUUCAUAUUGCAAUAUCUGUGUUUGACUAGGAAUAAUAGUAUUUUUAUGGAACAUUUACAAAAUUAUAUUUUUUAAAAAAAACUAUAAAAAACGAACGGUUGUGGGAUUGGUCGGGGGAGGAGAGGAGAGACGGGGCAAUCGCUGGGUGCGGGGACCGAGGUGGCCACGUCCCCCGGUCACCUCGUCGUUCCCCAGGGUCACUGUGAUAAUAACGGGAAGAGAUCCCAGCGCCCGGCCGCUUGCAGUGGCGCUGUGUCUGCUCCUGGCCUCCCGCCUGGGUCUCGGCCCCGGCCCUGCCGUCACUGUUCCGAAGCUGAGCGACCCCGCCCCCGGCAGGGCCCCCCCAGCAGCGGCAGGGCGCAGGGGCCGGGGCAGCGACCGGGCAGUUCAGAAGGUGCCCAUCGGCCCCCUCGUUUGGUUCAUGGCAUAAAUUAUUGCCGUCUUUAAAAAAAUUUCAAUAAAAUGUCUCAAAGCAUCUCUGGCGACCUGGCUGGUGCG